AUGCAGGGAGACCGGGUGCUGCUAUUGUUGUUGCUGGGCCUCAAGAUACACCUGUCCUUUGGUGUCAUCCCAGAGGAGGAGGAGGAUCCAGCCUUCUGGAACAAAAAGGCAGCCGAGGCCCUGGAUGUUGCCAAGAAGCUGCAGCCCAUUCAGACAUCAGCCAAGAACCUCAUCCUCUUCCUGGGGGACGGGAUGGGGGUGCCCACAGUGACAGCCACCAGGAUCUUAAAGGGACAGUCGGAAGGCCGUCUAGGACCCGAGACACCCCUAGCCAUGGACCGCUUCCCAUACAUGGCUCUGUCCAAGACAUACAACGUGGACAGACAGGUCCCAGACAGUGCAGGUACAGCCACCGCCUACCUGUGUGGGGUCAAGGCCAACUACAUGACCAUUGGCGUGAGUGCAGCAGCCCGAGUCAACCAGUGCAACACCACAUUUGGCAAUGAGGUCAUCUCAGUGAUGUACCGUGCAAAGAAAGCAGGAAAGUCUGUGGGAGUGGUGACCACCACCAGGGUGCAGCACGCCUCUCCAGCGGGCACCUACGCGCACACGGUGAACCGUGACUGGUACUCAGAUGCAGAAAUGCCUCCUUCUGCAAUUCAGCAGGGCUGCAAGGACAUCGCCACACAGCUCAUUUCCAACAUAGACAUUGAUGUGAUUCUCGGUGGAGGUCGCAAGUACAUGUUUCCCAAGGGGACGCCAGACCCUGAAUACCCAGAUGACGCUAACCAAUCUGGAACAAGGCUGGAUGGAGAGAACCUAGUGGAGAAGUGGCUGAAAAAUCACCAGGGGGCGCGGUAUGUUUGGAACCACGAGGAUCUCAUUCAGGCAUCGCACGACCCAGCAGUGACUCACCUCAUGGGCCUCUUUGAGCCAGCAGAUAUGAAAUAUGAUACCAACCGAAACCCCUCACUAGACCCGUCCCUCAAGGAAAUGACGGAGGUGGCUGUGCGCAUGCUGAGUAGGAACCCACAAGGCUUCUAUCUCUUUGUGGAAGGGGGUCGUAUUGACCAAGGCCACCAUGCGGGCACCGCUUACCUAGCGCUGACUGACGCUAUCAUGUUUGACUCGGCCAUUGAGAGUGCCAGCCAGCUCACCAGUGAGCAGGACACGAUGAUCCUUGUCACCGCUGACCACUCCCACGUCUUCUCUUUUGGUGGCUACACACUUCGGGGGACCUCCAUCUUCGGUCUGGCCCCACAAAAUGCUCAGGAUGGCAAACCCUACACCUCCAUUCUCUAUGGCAACGGCCCAGGCUACGCACUUAGUUCAGGCGAACGGCCCAAUGUCACCAAUACAGAGAGUAGUGACCCCUCGUACCGGCAGCAGACGGCUGUACCCCUGUCCUCAGAGACCCACGGCGGGGAGGAUGUGGCGAUAUUCGCGCGUGGUCCGCAGGCACACCUGGUGCACGGAGUGCAGGAGCAGAGUUACAUCGCGCAUGUCAUGGCCUUUGCAGGCUGCCUGGAGCCCUACAGCGACUGCGGCCUGGCGCCCCCUGCUGACCAGAGCAGCACCAUCGCCCCCACCAGCAGCACCAUCGCCCCCACCAAAGUCACAAACAGCGCAGCAGGCCAGGCCACUGCACUGUUGUCCCUGCAGCUGCUGCUUAGUGCGCUGUUGCUGCUUGUAGGGACAGGCAUAGUGGCACCAUGA